UUAUAAAUUACAUCAAAUUGGUUAUUCUUGACACAUCUUUCCCAUGGUAAAACAAGCUGUCACUGCUCUACUUUAGCCGUGAUGUCAGCACGCGGAAAGCAGGGGGGCAAAGCUCGCGCCAAGGCCAAGUCGCGCUCGUCCCGCGCCGGCCUCCAGUUCCCGGUGGGCCGAGUGCACCGGCUCCUGCGCAAAGGCAACUACGCCGAGCGGGUGGGGGCCGGCGCGCCCGUCUACAUGGCGGCCGUGCUGGAGUACCUGACCGCCGAGAUCCUGGAGCUGGCGGGUAACGCCGCCCGAGACAACAAGAAGACGCGCAUCAUUCCUCGCCACUUGCAACUAGCCGUGAGGAAUGACGAAGAGCUCAACAAGUUACUUGGGGGUGUUACUAUUGCCCAGGGCGGUGUCUUGCCCAAUAUCCAGGCUGUCUUGUUGCCCAAGAAAACGGAGAGUCAUAAGCCUGGCAAGAACAAGUGAUUGGGCUUGAAACACCACUCCCACCCCAAAGGCUCUUUUAAGAGCCACCAAAGUAUCAAAUGAAGGGCUGAUAACAAAAUAGCACCUUAGCUCUUUUUUUUUGCUGCUUGAAAGGUUGGGUGGCUCUAAAAAGAGCCU